AUGGAUUUCGAAUUUGACAAAUUUGACGAGAAAUUCAUGAAUAUGUUAGAAUCAAAAGAAGAUCAUAGUAGAAUUCUAGCGUGUUAUAACAUUUUGUCUCAGGAAUUUCGUAGAUUAUUGAGGGUCCGAGAAAAUGGUCGAGUGGUCCUAUUUUACGAAAACUUAUCACAAGACCUUUCGAAGCUCCACAAGAGCAAAAAUGAAUGUAACACCAUCAUUGAAGUGGGAAAAGGCACUUCGAAAAAGACCUAUACAAUUCACUCCUCGAUCCUGUGCUUUAGGUGCCCCCAUCUUUACAACGAAUUGACAAUCAAUAAUAAUAAUACCGAUAACACAAGGGUUAUCAGAAAACCAAAAUUUUCGUCAAAUGUUUUUGACUACAUCAUUAGAUACAUUUACACGGGUGUUCUCGAAUUGAGAGAAGAGCUUUCCGUUCUCUUUGAACUUUUCGCUACUGCCAAUGAACUUGGUAUCAUGGAGCUGACUACUUAUCUUGAAUCCUAUUUCAUAAAAAACCACUCUCCUUGGUUACGAUCAAACUUUACAAGAGUUCAUAGAGAAGUAUUUCAAUAUCAAAAUCUUAAUUCCUUACAGGAAUACUGUAACAAAACUAUCGCGAGCAGCCCCGAAGAUGAUCCCCACAAAUACCUUUCAGAUAGCGAUUUUAGGCUCAAUUUAGUUUUACGUGGCAGUCAAGAUGGAUUUUCCGUGGCCGAUUUUUGGAGGUUAUGUGAAGGAAAAGAGGAUAUUGUGAUGGUCGCAAAAGUAAAGGGGACCAAAGAGAUAAUAGGCGGAUACAAUCCAAUAGGGUGGGAAAGAAAACAACACGAAAAGUAUAUCGAAACGUCUGACAGUUUUAUAUUUUCCUUCAGUGACAAGAAAGGAACAACUUUGAGUCGAGUAAAAAACGACAGUAAAGCCAUUUAUAUUGACAAAAAAGGAUCUUCCGUGUAUGGUCCUUGUUUUGGGACUUAUGACUUGAUUUUACACGACAAUCCUAAGAAUAACGCCAAGUCCUAUUGUCGCAAGAGCGAUUAUGAGAUUCCCAUAAGGGAAAAUCGAGCAAAUUUCUCUAUCGAAGAAUAUGAAGUAUAUGAACUAAUCAGAAAGCAAAUAUCCGGCAGUUUAAAUGUGAAACUUCAAUAA